UUAGAGAAGAGAAAAAAAGGUCUGUUAGGAUUUUCGUACAAUUUCAAUUCCUGCAUUUUUCUCUUUCUCUUCCUCUUCCUCUUCCUUUUUCUCUGCUGCAAAUUUCAUUAGCAUUAUCCUCGCCGCCGCAACACGCCUCCGCCGCCACCGCAACCUGCCGCCUCCGCGCGCAACCUGCCGCCGCCGCCCACGACGCUGCCCCCGCCGCGCAAGACGCUUUUCUCCACAUGUAAUAGAUGUUGAAGACAUACUUGGAGAGCAUGCCGAUAUUUUUAUUGAGCACUAUUACAUAAAGCAGUCUGGUAACUGUGACCUAUCUAGCAUGAGCGAUCCUCAUGAUGAAUUCAAGGGAAAGAAUGUCCUGAUUGAGAGAAAAGAAUCAAAAGAUCCUUCAGAGAUCACAUCAAAGUACAGCAUGUCAAUCAAAACAUAUAUAAGAUAUUCUUGGAGAAUUUAGGCGGAAGCUGUUCGAAGUAAGGUCAAGGCGGGCAAGGCCACAUUUGGAUGAUAAAGUAUCCCCGUAAACAUGGUUAUUCUAUCUUGGAAUGGACUGGCUAUCUCAUCUUUUUCCAGGGCCUCCAAGAUUCUCCUGGGUGAAGCUGAGAGCACUAAGUUCUAUUUUCCUGUUGUUGGCACUGAACCAAAGGAAUACAUGCAAAUUGCGGGAAAAGCAGCAUUAUUUAUUAAGAAGGAACUUCACAAUGCUGAAACACAAAGGCUGAACCGUAGUUUCAGAAAUUCUCCAUCUAAAGCACCUGGUUUCUUGGAUGAUUAUGCUUUUCUGAUCUCUGGAUUACUGGAUCUCUAUGAGUUUGGUGGUGGAAUCAACUGGCUUCAAUGGGCAAUUGAAUUGCAGGGCACUCAGGAUGCUUUGUUUCUUGAUGGGGAUGGAGGUGGAUAUUUCAAUAAUACUUGCAGGUGGAUAUUUCAGUUCUUCUCCGUGUGAAAGAAGACCAUGAUGGGGCAGAACCCUCUGGGAACUCGGUGUCAGCUAUAAAUCUUAUUAGGUUGGCUUCCAUGCUUGCUGAAAGUAAGGCUGAGCACUAUAAGCGAAAUGCAGAGCACCUUCUGGCUGUUUUUGAGAAAAGAUUGAAAGCUUUGCCUAUGGCGGUGCCUCGCAACCUGCCGCCGCCGUGCAAGACGCUGCCGCCGCCUCGCAAGACGCCGCCGCCACACUUGGAGGUUAGUUAAUCAUUAUUUUUUUCUCAAUAGUCAAGAAAUUUAAUUAUGCUUGCAAUAAAAACUUAGAAAUCUAUUCAGUAUUUUCACUGAAAAUAAUUUUAUUUGUAUAUGUAUCUGGUCACUACCUCUAUGGUAAAUACUAAAUAGAGCAGCACUAUCUAAUCUAGUGUAGUAGAUGUAGAUCAACUCAAACUUUUAUGAACAGAAAAGAAAAGAAAGUUCUGGAGGCACGUGAAGUGCCAUCAACUUCUGUGUAUGUGUUGUGGCCAAUGGCAGUGAAGGGUGUUUUUUGGAUGCUUGCUUUUCUAGCUGCAUAAACGGGUAAUUAUUGGAGAAAGAGAACCGUUAUGCGUGACAAUGUAAAAUUGACCUCACCAUUGUUUUAUAUUAUUCAUUUAACGUUUUAUUA